AAAGGGUAAACCUGGUGCCAAAGCGGGGCAAGGGAAUAUCAUGUCGUUUUUUGGCAAAAAGUAAGCUUGGAGGCAUGAUUCAUGGCGGGGGGAGCGGCAUAUUCCGAAAUGACGAUGCGUGGUGUAGAGAUCUGAUUGCAUAACGCAGACCACUAGCAAUUAAUAUAAACGUGAACGACUCCAAGGUCGCGAUGCACCGUAGCAUUCGGGUAUAAUCCUUCAAAGCGAUGGCAAAUCGCCUCGUCGUGGCGCAAGUUGUCAAGCCAAGGGGCGGAGAAUGAUCGUCGCUUGUUGCAGUUGGAGCUCCGCCGUUUUCGAUAUUCUCCGCAUUUCAUCUCCAGCCUGCGCAACACCCCGGCAAUGCCUCUGCAAGCAGGGGCCUCGAUCCCCUUUAAAAUCCCCUCCUCCCAAAUGCAUGCUAUUACAUUAUUCUCGUGGGCGGUAUUUUGACGCUCGUUUCACUCAACCCCGUUCGCGAGACCAUGACACUCUCCGCGUUGGUUUACGGCCUGUCGCUGCUUGGCUUCGGCGCAACGGGAGCUGUAGCCCUGCGAGACGAGCCUUCAAUCCUUCGACGAGCGUGUCCUGACUAUCUCGAUUACUCUCAAUCUCCUCACGCUCCAUACAGCGAAGGGCCAUUGAAACUCCCAUUCCAGAGACCAGUGACGGAAUGUCGAACUUUCAAUUCCUCAGUCGUGGAGAAGGUCAUUGAGGAUGUUACUUCUCGCAUGCAUGACAAGGAUCUCGCCCAACUGUUCCGCAACGCAUUCCCCAAUACACUAGACACAACCAUCAGGUGGCACACCGACGGCUCUACGACAGCAGUAAAAAAGGGCAAGAGAGCCAGCUCCCAGUGGGAGGGUCCACAGAGCUUUAUCGUGACUGGAGACAUCAACGCAGAGUGGCUACGCGAUUCUACAAAUCAAUUAACCAACUACCAAACCCUAGCGAACAAGGACGAACGACUCUUUAACCUCAUUCUCGGCGCAAUCAAUACGCAGGCCGAAUUCGUCAUACAAUCACCGUAUUGCAAUGCCUUCCAACCUCCACCUCCAAGCCAUAUCAAACCGGCAAAUAACAGUCAAGAUGACACAGUCCAUCCUACCUACGAGCCAUCAGUCGUAUUCGAAUGCAAGUAUGAACUUGAUUCCCUCGCCAACUUCCUCACUCUUGCAACCGAGUUCCACGAGCACACCGGUUCGAAGGACUUCCUCACCAACCGCUGGUAUACAGCGCUAGAGACGGUCCUCCAAGUUCUGGACGCACAAUCCGAACCGACCUUCAACGAAGCAGGCCAAUACGUUGAAAAUCAGUAUACCUUCCAACGAACUACAACUCUAGGAACCGAAACCCUCAACCUCGCUGGCGUCGGUAACCCGCUCAACACCGGAACAGGCCUCAUCCGCAGCGCCUUCCGCCCCAGCGAUGACUCAACAAUCAUGGGCUUUUUCAUCCCCGCAAACGCGCAGAUGGCUGUGCAGCUCAAGCGUACAGCAGACAUGCUCCGCUCCGCCGGCGGACGCUCUGAUCUCGUCUAUGAUCUCGAGCGCCGCAGCACCCGCCUCCGCAAGGCAAUCCAGGACAACGCCAUAGUCACACACCCUAAGUUCGGCGACGUCUAUGCUUUCGAGGUAGAUGGCUACGGGUCGCAUAUCUUCAUGGACGACGCAAAUAUCCCCUCCCUCCUCUCCCUCCCCGUCCUCGGCUUCGUCGACCAGGAUGACCCGGUAUACAAAAAUACCCGCGAGAUGGUUCUCUCCAAGGACGGAAACCCAUAUUACCUCAAUGGAACCGCCUUCCAUGGUAUUGGCGGUCCACACAUCGGUCUUGAGAAUGCUUGGCCCAUGUCCCUGCUCAUGCAAGCCCAGACCUCCGACUCCGACGCCGAAAUCGAGAAGUGCAUUAAUAUGGUCCGGGACUCAAGCCGGCUUGGUCUCGUGCAUGAGUCUAUCGACGUGAACAAUAUCCAUGAGUAUACGCGUCCUUGGUUUGCGUGGGCGAACUCGGUCUUUGCGCAGACGGUACUGAAGAUUGCGGCUGAGCGGCCGCACAUUGUCUUCGGGAAGGGGGCGGAGGCAUAUGUCCCUUAGAUAUGGCUGAGGGGUCUGUUGAAGUGAUUGUGAUACUGUGGUUGAUUUUGGUUGUGGUAUCAAUGAUGUGGGAGGCUUAUCUGUUGAGAUAAUAGUAACACCUUACCUGUUUAUGAGCACUAUGUAGUUAUAAUAUCCAUCAAUGGUAUCAUUACUAGUAUCAUGGG